AUGAUCCACAGAGAAGAGAUUUCCACGGAAGUCAAAGCAUGGCCCAUUGUUCCAGAGUCCUUUUUGAAGAAGCAGAAUAGGAGUGAUGAAUGGGAACUAGCAAAGAAGCAAGAACUCGAAGCUGCCAAGAAGAAGAACACUGAGAACAGAAAACUUAUUUUCAACAGAGCUAAGAAGUAUGCACAGGAGAGGGAAUUAAUCAAUUUGAAGCGUGAGGAAAAAUUGAGAGGAGGAUUUUACGUUAACCCAGAAGCUAAGCAGCUCUUCAUCGUUCGAAUCAGGGGUUAUUAUCAAUGCUAUGGACCCAAAAUCAAAAAAUAUUUUGCAGCUUUUGCAUCUAAGACAGAGAAAACAGUUGUCCUUAAUGUAUAUACGCAUUUCGUUUUAAUGCAAAUCUUUAAUGGAGUAUUUCUUAAGGUGAACAAAGCCACAUUACAGAUGUUGCAAAGAGUUGGGCCUUAUGUUACCUAUAGAUGUGUAUCUUCCAGUUUGUGUAUGUUUGGUUUUGUGGUGUGGCUAUGUAUGAUCUACAAAAGGGGUUAUGGAAAGCUUAACAAGCGAAGAACCGCUUUGACCGACAAUUCCAUUAUCGAACAGGGUUUGGGGAAGUACGGAAUCAUUUGCAUUGAUGAUCUUGUUCAUGAGAUCAUGACAGUUGGUCCCCACUUCAAGCAAGCAAACAACUUCUUAUGGCCAUUUAAGCUGAGUGCACCUUUCGGUGGGCUCAAGAAGAAGAGAAACCAUUAUGUUGAAGGAGGUGAUGCAGGAAAUCGUGAAGAUUACAUUAACAAACUUAUCAGGAGGAUGAACUAGAGACACUACCUAAGUUGUUUUUUCUGAAGAUCUUGAGGUUCUUUUUCGUCAUCCUUGUGGUACUAUUCUAGUAAAUUAGAGUAAUGUUA